AUGAGUCGGCCGUUGAAGCACAAUUCAAAACAACUGCGGUGGAUAGCGCUCGGAGGUGCUCUUAGCUACUAUACUGAUGUCGUCGCACUCUUGCGAAACCUCGUCAGACCACCAUCAUCGGGCGAUACGCUGGAAGACGGCGAGGGGUGGACAUGGAGUAGAAUGAGUGCAGUUGCGAGUGUCGGGCUCGGCUCCCUGACGAUUCUACUUUUCCUAUACCUAUUGCUAUUACCAAAACUGAGUGGGAGGAGACUAGAGUACUCUCAAUGGAGAAACUCGGAGCAGCUGCGAAUAGUCAUCCCAAUAUUGACAGUCACCAUAUUUUCUGGCUGGACGUUUCUCGUGUUUGCCCUGUAUGCCUCGUCGCUAGGCUUCUUGCUCAGCUUCCUUGGGGCUAGCGGCUUGUAUAUUCUCUCGUUUGGCCUUCUCGGUCUCAUUCCUAUAGCACGGCUCUAA